AUGGCUCAGCAGGUUUUUCUAGAUAAAGAAAAACUGAUCUGUUCGAUCUGUUUUGAUCUGCAGAAGGAUCCGGUCACUAUUCCUUGUGGACACAGUUACUGUCUGGAAUGUAUUCAGAACUUCUGGAUUGGAGAGGAACCAAAAGCUCCCAGCUGCCCUCAGUGCAGACAAAACUUCACUUCAAGGCCUGUCCUGGUGAGAAACACUAUUUUAGCAGAGUUGGUGGAGGACGCAAGAAAAGCAGAGCUCCAACCGACUUCAUCUGAGCGUUCUGGAACUGGACCAGAACAUGUUGACUGUGAUUUCUGUGAAGGAAAGAAGCUGAAAGCUGCCAUGUCUUGUCUGACCUGUAUGGUUUCUUACUGUGAGCAGCACCUCCAGCCCCAUUUUAGUGUUGCUGCAUUAAAGAAACACAAGCUGGUCAAAGCUACUCUAAAGCUUCAGGAGAACAUCUGCAUUCGUCACGAUGAAGUGAUCAAGAUUUUCUGCCGCACUGAUCAGAAGUGUAUUUGUAGUCUCUGCUCCAUGGAUGAACACAAAGGUCAUGACAUGGUGUCUGCUGCAGCAGAAAGGGCUGAAAGACAGACAAAGCUGGGACUGGAUCAACAAAAAGUCCAACAGAGAAUCCUCAACUUGGAAGAAGAUUUAGAAGUGCUUCAGCAGGCGGUGGAGGCCAUCAAUCUGUCUGCUGAGAAAACUAUCAAAGAAAGUCAGAACCUCUUCAAAGGUUUGAUCUGUCUCUUGGAGCAAAAAUGCUCAGAAGUGGAGCAGAAGGUCACAUCCUAUCAGAUGGAGGAAGUGAGGAAAGUGGAAGAACUCCAGGAGAAGAUGCAGCAUGAGAUCACCAAACUGAAGAAAACAGAGGCUGAGCUGGACCAGCUCUCAUCUACAGAAGAUCAUCUCCAUUUUCUCAACAACUACUCCUCCCUGUCAGAUCUGAGUAUCUGUACAGACUUACCCAGCUUUGAACAAGCUCAGCACUGCUUUGAUGAUGCUCUCAAAGCUGUGUCUGAGACCAGAGAGAAGCUGGAGGAGACUCUCAGAGACCAGACCACAAAGAUUUUAGACAUAGUGGAUGUUUUUCUGCCUGAAGACUUCAGAUCCAGAGAGGACUUCAUGAAGUACUAUCAUCAGAUCACACUGGAUCCAAACACAGCAAACAGGAAUCUAUCUUUGAGUGAACAGAACAGAACAGCAACAUGGACAAAGUUAGAACAGAAUUAUUCAAGUCAUCCAGACAGAUUUGCUAAAAGGUCUCAGGUUCUCAGUGCAGAAGGUCUGACUGGACGUUGCUACUGGGAGGUGGACUGGAGCGGGGUGGUUUACAUUGCAGUUGCAUACAAAGACAGAAGUGGUACAGGAACCUGGGAUGAAAGCGCGUUUGGAUUUAAUGAUAAAUCCUGGGCAUUGAAGUGCUCACCCACUGAAUAUACAUUUUACCACAAAAGCAGCUGUGUUUCUAUUGCAGCUCCCCGAUCCUCCAGAGUGGGAGUUUAUUUAAAUCACAAAGCAGGAACUUUGUCUUUCUACAGCGUUUCUGACUCCAUGACUCUCCUACACAAAGUCCAGACCACUUUCACUCAGCCUCUCCAUGCUGGAUUCUGGAUUUCAAAGUCUGGAGGAAUGAUCAGGUUGUUGAAGUGAAAAGCAGUGACUCAUCUGUGAGAAUCACUGAUGAAAUAUGUCUGCACUGUAGGAAACAGAAAAUCAUAGAUAAAUAUCGUGUAUGUAACUUCUAAUAAUAAGUAUGUUAACAAAAAUAGUUUUAGUUUAGAUAUCAAAAUAAAAGACAAAAACACCAGAUUUUUAUGUAAUAAAAAUUUGAAACAAAACAUAAAUGCAGUUUUGGAAUAAACUUAACUGUAAACACAACAGUUAAAAUAACAAUGAAAUCUAAAAAAUAUCUACCCAAAAAAAGAAAAUCAACAACAGAAAAAUGAUUUCUUGAACAAAAAUCUGCACACGAAUCUGUGAGCUUCAAGAAGACGUCCUCCAAGCUGUCAGGACUCUCAUGAUGUCUUCAAGUAAUCAGAGUUUGCUGAUUACCUUUGUUUCUAAAAUGAUUUUUAAAUACUUUGUGUUGCUGUAUUUGAGUCUAAGAAGAUAGCAAACGUCAUUUUUGUGCUGCAUAUAAUUUGUUGUGAAUGUAACAUUUUUUGGAAUUAUGAAAACUGUCAUUUCUAUUUCUCUCUGAAAUUUUCAUUUGAUCAGCUAAUAAGAGUGAGUCAAAAAUCAAAGGCAUUUGUUAUAUUAGAGGUGAGAUGUCGAUUAACAUUUACUCACUUCAUGAUCACAUUAUGUUUCAUCUAUUAAACAUUAAAAAAAGAAAUGGAUUAGUCUGUAAUGAGUAUUAACCCUUGUGCUAUCUUAGAUGACCCACCCUUACAUUGACGUGU